AUGACCGACAUGAGUGUCGGAAAUUGCUCCAACGGAUCAAGUUACUCAUCACGGGUCAUCGUAUUUUUUAAACUAAUUUUGGACGUUUUAUCAGAUGAAAGACUGCUAGAGUAUGACAUCGACAAAUUGGUCUUUGAGGCGAGAUCCCCGUUCCAGAAAGUACAAAUUGUACAUUCUAAGUCCCUAGGAAAUCUGCUUGUUCUGGACGAAUUGCAAAAUAUGUCUGAAGCGGAUUUAAUUUAUACUGAAACGUUGAUGCAACGAGGCAAAGAAAACUAUGUAGGGAAAGAGAUAGUUAUUCUUGGAGGAGGAGAUGGAGGCCUUCUCUGGGAAUUGUUGAAAGAAAAACCAAAGCACGUGACCAUGUUAGAGAUAGACGACGUGGUUAUGAAAGCCUGCAGUCAGCACAUGAGAAGUGUUUGCGGCGAUUGCUUGGAUAAAAGAAAGACUGAUAAUUAUGAAAUUAUUGUUGGUGAUUGUGUAAAAACAUUAGCUCACAUAUUGGAAGAAGGACGUCAAUUUGACUACGUGUUCGGCGAUUUGACAGACAUACCGAUCAGUACAACACCCCAUGGUGAUGCUUGGGAUUUCAUUCGACUCAUAUUAAAUUCAUCUCUUAAAGUUUUGAAGCCCACGGGAAAAUAUAUGACCCACGGAAAUGGAGCAUCUUGUCCAGAAUCAUUGAAGAUGUUUGAGGAGGUGCUGACUCAACUCUCAAUUCCAGUAAAAUUCACAAGAGACAGUGCAUUCAUUCCAUCUUUCUUUGAAGACUGGGUGUUCUACCAAGUCUCGUUUAAAUGAUGGAUUAAAAGUACGACUGAAAUGUCGAAGUAUCUAGCGAAAUUCAUUCACAUUGUCUCAACCGCGUUAUGACCUGAACUGUGUCUUAGUUUUAGUAUAUUUCAUUUAAUUAAUCAAUCAGUUCCUCUUGAGGCCACCCACAAUUGCAUACAAGCCUUUGUAAAUAUAAAGAGAUAUUGAAAAAUGGAAUUAAAGAAGAUUCACUAUUUUUAGCUACCUGUGAUUAAGAAUCUUGCAAUAUAUAUCUUAAUCUACAGC